UCGCAGCUGCACGACGGUUUUUUGACGCGCGUGUGUUUCGUGAGCGUCUUGUUUUUUCCGUGUGUUUGAGGGCCAGGACGGGCUGGGGUUCUGGGGAAGGUUCGAGGCUGACCCGCCGCAUCCGCUGCGCCUCUCGUGUCGUGCAAGGCGCUGAUCCCUGCUAACCGUCGUGUAAUCCCUGGCCCGUACUCCGCUUCACGAAAGCACCUCCUGAGCUUCCACCCGCCUGCGGCUUCUGCGACCCUCUCUCAUCUAUUGCCGCGUCGCUCCCAGCCCUCAAUUGCCUCCACUCCAGCUCAACCCGCGUCGGUCUGCCACACAUCGCAAUCUGCCAUACGAGCGUGUAAACAAGACAUCGCAAUGGGCUCCAACAAGUUCUCUUUCAAGCCACUGACGCUUGCGCCCAUCAACUUCUCUCUGACCGAGGGCACUUCGAUACCUGCGCCGCUCGACAGCCCGCCCGACUCACCCCGUCCUCCCACGCCCGGCAAAGGUCCGCUGUCGUCGCACCCCACCCCAAAGUCACCCGGCUCGCCGCCGCAAACAGAGUCGCCGCCCCCAGGCAAAGCGUCCGAGGACUCGACGGCCAGCCCACAACUGCAGCAGACCCGCACUAGCGAUGCGACCAGCACCAUGUCGCCCACGAGCCCUUCGAACAAGCGGCCUGCAUCCGUCCGCAAGUUCCUCGGCAUUCGCACGCUAUCGUCAAACGACAGUCUGAAGUCGGAGAGGCCAGGCUCGCCAGCCACAAUAAACAGCCAGGCACCGAGUCUGAACAGGCGGAAGAGCGGCAGCUGGUUCGGCAAGAGAAAGACGUUCGCCGUCGGGUCAGUGCCAGAGGGACACGCCGACCCGACAACCUACUCGAAUGGCCGCACCGUCUCUCAACCGUCCGUACCCGCCGCGCAGGCACCCAAGCCGAAGGGUCCGCCGCCCCCAGCGCUGCCUGGCCUCAGCUCCUUUGGUGUCAACGAAGACACGCUGAGUCUCGGUGCCGACGACAUGUUCAAAAACAUCGGAAAGGCCGACGUGCCAAAGUCGACAAGGUGGUAGAAGGAAGGAGGCAUGGCAUUAGUAAUGGGGGCAUGUUCAUGAUGCAUUUCUAAUGGGUUUCGAGUUUAAUGUCCUUAUCGUUAUACCUUUCAUGGGCCACAGGUUGGAGUUUUGAAAAGCUGUGGCAUCGUUAUUUUUUGGCUUGCAUGUGCACAACGAUACCCCAGUCGAUACAGUAUAGCGAUGAAGUGGCACGUAUGAGUGCGUCCGAGAUGAGAUCUUGUGACGACUGGGGACGACGAUGGGUUUGGUGGCCUUCUAUUAUUCUGGCUUUACAUAUCACACUCUGCUAGCGUUCACUUCAACGAUGGAUGUUUGGCCGCGGCGUCUUGUACCGCCGGCCACUAUAAAUACACAUUCUUAUUUACCACAGACGACUCUGCGCCUUGUGUU